AUAUACGCAUGAACACUGAAUAAUUUCUUCCAUUUGCAGAAUUUCAAUUUCAAAGUUGUUCCAUCAACAAUUUGUUCUCUUCUACUUCACAAUUGGCUUCCAAAGUAAUUAAGAUCAUCAAAGAAUGGCUGCUGAAUUUGCUGCCUCUGCUGCUGCCAAUGCUGUAGGAAACCUCACAACAGAAUAUGCAUCACCUUAUGUUAGUUACUUUUUCCGAUUUGGGAAAAUUGUUGAAGAAUUCAAGAAUCGGAGAAAUGAACUUGAAUUGAAAAGUGAUCGGUUAAAAAAUGAUGUCGAAGAGGCUAUAAGGCAAAAUGAGGUAAUUGAGAAGGAUGUCCUAGACUGGUUAAAAAGGGCAGAGAAAGAACUGGAAGAAACCCGGUGUCUGGAAGCUGAAAUAGAACGUAUGAAGUGUUUCAAUUGGUGUCCAAGUUGGGGUUGGCGAUUUUGCUUAAGUAAGAAAGUGGCAAAGAAGACGAUCUCUAUCGAUAAACUACUUGUGAGUUGUAACUUUCCCCAGGUGGGGCACCGUGCUCCUCUAGAAGGAAUAGAAUUCUUCACCUCUAAAGAUUUCAUGCCUAAUGAGUCUUCAAAUUUUACUUUCAAUGAGAUCAUCAAGGCUCUAAAUACUGAUGGUGUGAACAUGAUUGGAUUGUAUGGAAUGCCAGGGGUAGGCAAAACAACUUUGGCAAAAGAAGUUGGGAAGCAUGCUAAAGAGCAAAAGCUCUUUGACAAAGUUGUGAUGGCUACAAUGUCCCAAGCGCCAAACCUCAGCAAAAUUCAAGAUAAAAUUGCAGAAUUAUUAGGUUUGAAAUUUGAAGCAAGCACGAAAGAAGGAAAAGCAGAAGAGUUAGAGCGGAGAUUGCAAGGCGUGGAGAAGAUCCUCAUAAUUAUCGAUGAUGUUUGGAAUGAAUUUAAAUUGCAGACUGCAGGUAUUCCAUUCGGAGUUGAACAAGGGGGUUGCAAAGUUCUUCUGACCACACGUCUUUAA